CCUGGCUGCUGUAGGGAGGCAUUUGAGAUGAGAACUGGGACAGACAAAUUGUAAACAGAAAAGCAAGAAGCGGCUGAAUAAUACUGCCAAUGUCUGUUGCCGGUCGUUGAGGGAAGAAAAGGAGUAAGAACAAAGGCACGAUCACGCGGUAGGGAAAUAAAUUCGAAACAUUUAGUAGGUCUCCUGUGAGUCAGUGGCUGACUGCAGCUGAUACAUAUGUCUUAUUUUCUCUAAUAUUUAUCCCAGACUUCCUCCAAGGAGCUCAAGGAAAAUCCAGAUGCUGUGGACAACUUCUGCUGAACAGCUGAUACCCUCCCAUACAAGCUUAACAUUGAGAAUGGUAAACAAGAGGGCAAGUAAUUCUUCACUAGCACAUAGGCAGUCUCCUGAAGUCAAAUGCCUGUGGCAUUGCUAACUGUAUUGACUCUGUCACCUCUUGAUGAAAGUGGUGUCAGGAUCAUUCCAGAGACAGCUUCCUCUUCUGUGCCUAGAACUAUUCUGUUGUUUCUUGAUAAAAUACACCUCAAGUUCCAGGACUGUUUCUGACCACUGAUAAAAUGGAGGCCUUAGAAGUCGAUGACAUCAGUCCAGCCUUGGAAGUAACUGAAGAUUUCUUUAACACUUUUGAUGCUAAACUAGAAAAUGUGCAGCCACCAGAGGUUUAUGGGAUUCAGGAAGUUCCUGAGCUGGUUGGCCAUGAAGUCUUUAAUAAGCUUUCAGCCUGUGGAGACCCGAGGAACAUCGCUUUGGGGAAGAGCAAUUUUGUUUGGGAACAUUGCAAAAAUGGACUCUUGGAAACCAAAGUGCAGACUGCAUUUCCUGCCAAAGAACAGUUUGGAGUGCAAAGGGGAAUGGUUCCAGACAACCUCACCUGGAUGGAACGGAGGGAAGCCUCAGCUUUUAAUAUCUGCCAAAGGAGGAGGGAUAGGCCCCGUUCUGUGAAUGAUAUUGUAAUGCAGAGUGAGGAAGCUGCCACUUUCAAGUCAGGCCAUAAUCGAUCACGCUCAGAUGUCAGUCGCAUAGACUGGGGUGUCAUCUUAACUGGAGCACCUCCACUGCAGCCGUCUAAUCAAGGCAAUAGAUGUCCAGAACUUUCACUCACACCAACUGGAUUCAAAAAGGGAGAGGACAUUCAAGGAAACACUGAACACAAGCCAACAUUCUCAAAUAUCCUGAAGAAAGGAUACUUGGAAAUUAAGAACAACCAGGACAACUACUGGCAGACCUAUUAUGCAGAACUCACUCCAUACAAACUGUACCUGUACUGUCUCGACAACAGUGGGAACCAGAACCUUCCUACUGUCUAUCUGCUUCUGCAUUUCCAAAGCAUCAAUGUGGAAAUGAAUGUGAUUGAUGCAGUUCUGUUCAAUAACUUGCAUCUACAGUUCAAGGCAGAAUCAGCGUGGGAGGCCUUGGACUGGGGGCAGAAGCUUUGGGAAGCUGUACAUUCUUCUCUGCCAUCUUUCAUGAGACCCCAGGGAGACCUGGAGCACUUGCAGAAGUUAGACAAUGACGAGGACGGCAUCAUCCAAAACCGUGGUUUACAGAAGGAACCUUUUGAAUUUUUCCAGUCGACAUCUUUGACCCCAAACAUCAAGGAUUACCAAAACAUUCUCAAAUCAGGGACUCUUUACAGACUGACACUCCAGAAUAACUGGAAAGCAUUUCAUUUUGUACUCAACCGGUCUCUCCUCAUGGCAUUUCAGACCGGUGGGCUUGAUGAAGACCCUCUAUUGAGCUACAAGAUUGAUGUGUGCCUCUCUGUCCAGACUGAUGUUCUGGAUGAUUGUGACUCUUGCUUUCAGGUUAUCUUUCCUCAAGAUGUGCUUCGUCUGCGUGCAGAAACCCGUCAAAGAGCUCAGGAAUGGAUGGAGGCCUUGAAGUCUGCUACCAGUGCAGCCAGAAGCUUUGGUCAAAACUUGCAAGUGACACUCAGAAACAAAGUCCAAGGCCUGUCUUGUGGAAAAGAGCACAGGAAGAUCAAGCGCCAAUCGGUAACCACCAGCUUUCUGAGCAUCUUGACCACCUUGUCUUUGGAAAGAGGGCUGACUGCCCAGAGUUUCAAGUGUGCAGGCUGUCAGUGCUCCAUAGGCCUUUCCAGUGGCAAAGCCAAAGUGUGCAGCUACAGUGGGUGGUACUACUGCAGCGUCUGCCAUGUGGACGACCACUUUCUCAUUCCUGCUCGGCUGGUUCAUAACUGGGACACUUCAAAAUACAAGGUAUCGAAGCAAGCCAAAGAGUUCCUAGAGUAUGUGUAUGAAGAGCCCCUGAUUGACAUCCAGCAGGAAAACCCAAUGCUGUAUAGACAUGUGGAGCCACUGGCAACUGUGGUCCGUCUGAGACAGCAGCUGAAAUCCCUCCGAGCCUAUUUAUUCAGCUGCAGAGCAGCAGUGGCUGAAGACCUACGAAGGAGAAUUUUCCCCAGAGAGUAUCUUCUUCAGCAGAUCCACCUUUAUUCCCUGGCAGACCUACAGCAGGUUAUUGAAGGGAAGCUGGCUCCUUUUCUUGGGAAGGUAAUCAAAUUUGCUACUUCCCAUGUGUACAGCUGCAGUCUUUGUAGUCAAAAGGGAUUUAUUUGCGAGAUCUGUAACAAUGGCGAGAUCCUGUACCCUUUUGAAGACAUUUCUACAAGCAGGUGUGAGAGCUGUGGUGCAGUCUUCCAUUCAGAAUGCAAGGUGAAGUCAGUACCAUGCCCCAGGUGUGUGCGGAGGGAGCUUCAGAUGAAGCAGAAGUCUUUCUGGAGAAGACUCAACAUGGAUGAAAGCCUGGAAGAAGCCUGCAACAUGUUUGAACUGUCCUAUCAGAAUACUUGACUCCAAGGAAGAUGCUGGCAACCUUGCAGGGAUCCCUUUCCUACUGUAGAAUGAAUGCUUACAAGGCAAUGUUGCACUGCCAAGCAGAAUCCUUUCCUGCAAAAAGAUUGGCUGAUACCCACCAUUUGGUUAUUGAAUAGCAGGGGUCAGUGUUACCAAGAAGAAGAUCAAAGGUAAAAUGCGUUCAUGAAGUGCAUUCAUGAAGUAUAGGUGAACCAGCUGGUCAAAAGCCAAAUGUAUUUUACUUGAAAUAUUUCCUAUUUUCUUUGCACCUAUUGUUAGAAAUAUCUGAUUUGUGUGCAUUAUUUAUUAUGUUUCCAAAUGAAAUAUUUUGCAGAAAUAGCAAAGGUGGCACUGGAAUUUAAAGCCCCCAGAGUACUUUGGACAGGGUGCCUAUGAAUUGGAAUUUGUGGGGUCUUUCCCAGGUUAGAAAUAUAUUUUAGUGAGUAGUAGUUAAGAAUACAUUCCUCCCCCAAAGUAAACUCAAUUAUAGAUCCACAUCUAGAUGACUAUAUAAUAGCAAUGUACACUAUAUAAACAAAGUGCUAAAAUGCUGUUUAGAUCUUGCAUUAGUGGUCCUAACUAUGGAAAAAGCAGCCCAUGGUUGUAGAACAUUCGCAGCUUUACACGUGCACACCAUUCCAGUUUCCUAAUAAGUCAAUAAUACAAAUUCCUGUGAUUUUUCUCAUAUGUAGCACCAUAAAACACCAAAAUGUAUCUUUUUUGAUGUUCGAUCAUGUUCACUGCUUUGCUGUUGCUGUGGAAGAAGACCACUUUUUCUAAGCGCCUUUCUACCAUCUUCAUACACAGUGUUGAAAUUGUGAGCUGCAUCCUGUUGAGGAUUUCAUAGGGCUGGGGUUUCCCUCUCUCUGUGCUGUUCUAUCCUUUUGGCUUCUACUUGAUACGUACAUAUAGAGAGAGAAUAGUGGCCUGAGCAAUUGCUGGGGACAAAUGCUUCAGCAUAGCAAAAAAGAGCAACAACUUGAACAUCAGAAAUCGGGACUUAUGCACUUCUGGAUCAUGAAGCACAUGUACAGAACUCAGUACAUGGUAGCUGCAGAUUGAGUGUAAUGCACAUCUGACAGUAUGACCCCACAUGGCACAGCAUAGUGCAAAUAGAGGUGUGCUUUCCUAUAUGUCUUGUAUGGGUGGGAAUGUGCUUCCUUAUCUCUUGAAGGGUUCGUUACAUGCUUUUUACCCGUGGUCACCUGGUGAACACUUGUUAACUUACUCAUGUAUCGCUGGAUUGGGGCCCAUUAGUUCUAUCCUGUGUAUCUGGUACUUAAGGAUGCAGUAAAAGAAGUUAGUCAAUGCUACAUUUAUUUGCCUUGAUCCAAAGCAAUCAUGGGCACUCAGAUUCAUAUACUGAUCUCUUAUGUGGACUUUCUAGCGAAAUCAACGAAGAAUUCCAGUCUUCAUUCAUGUUGGGUCCCUCCAUUGAAACAGGCAAAUCAUAGAACAUAGCAGCAGAUUUAAUUUACAGUAGAUGUUCCCUGUGAAAUUUCUUGAGCCUGUGUGUGUUUGUUUUUAACCACAAUAAAAUAAGCUAUGGUUUAUCAAUACAGGGACAAACCUAGGAGAGUCGCAGGCUCAUGUUCUUCCUCCUUGUCACCACUCUGGAGGAGGAGAUCAGAAGUUUUUGCUUCAAUUUUUUUAAUAACCACAGUUUAGCAUUACAUCUAAAUCCAGCCAAACUGCAGUUACCUUGAAUGAUAGUUGAAUGAAAAAAUCCAACUUCUAACCUUGGAUGAUGCCACUGACUGCCACUGACUUGUUUCAGCAAACUAAAGUUAAGAUUAACCACAGUUUAGUGUUUGGACGUAACCCUAAACUGAGAUUAAUCAAAGGAGGAAGGCUGUGGCUUACCUUCACUUGUUCCUAUAGCCACAAACUUUAGGUUAUCGUUAUGUCUGAAUGCUAACAGGUCUCUGAGAUCUUUCAAUAUUCAGUGCAGUCAGUACAUCUAUAUUUUAUGUUGUUACAAAUCUGUAGGAAGUACAUAGUUCUAUAAAAACUAAUGCAUAGCUCUAUGUAUACCUAUCUGUUAAGGCAACCUUCCCCAACCUGGUGUCCUCCAGAUGUUUCAAACCACAGCUCCCAUCAGCCCCACCCAG